AUGUCGAGUGAUAAACUAGUAAAUGGUUUUACAUGGGUACAACCAUCAUACCAGAAAGCAGAGAGCAAUGCAGAUAAUAAUACCAAUCGGAUUGUCAUCGAUCAUUGUUGGUCCAUUCUUUUUGGUGUUGCUGCUGGCCUGUUUCUUGGUUACGAGAAGAUUGAAAAACUUGAACCUGGAAAACAGGGUGGUCAAUAUAUUCACAUUCGUUGUAGGUCUCAAAUUCAUACCGUUCCUUCUCUACUUUAUCUACUACCUUGUCAAUCUACAUCAGGAAACCACCAAGAAUCUUCCAAUAUUUGUGGUUGCCGGCUACUUUGA